AGAAACCUCAAAGAAAGCCAUCGUCUUCUCUCUCGUCUAUUUCUGCGGGUUAAGUUUUACACAGGAGAGGAGAGAUGGAUCAGAUAAUGAACAAGGUCGGCUCUUACUGGUUAGGACAAAAGGCAAACAAAGAGUUCAACUCCGUCGGUGACGAUUUCAAUUCAUUGUCGAGCAGUAUUGAAGGAGGUACCAAGUGGUUGGUCAACAAAAUCAAAGGAAAAAUGCAGAAGCCUUUGCCUGAAUUGCUGAAGGAAUUCGGUCUACCGGUUGGGAUAUUUCCACAGGAUGCUACAAACUAUGAGUUCAACGAAGAUACAGGUAAGUUAACUGUCUUCAUCCCUGAGACCUGCGAGGUUGGUUACAGGGAUUCAUCGGUCCUACGGUUUUCAACUACGGUAACGGGUUACCUGGAGAAAGGGAAGCAAGCGGAAGUGGAAGGCUUGAAAACAAAGGUGAUGAUUUGGGUGAAAGUGACCUCUAUUUCAGCAGACGCCUCAAAGGUUUAUUUCACGGCUGGGAUGAAGAAAAGCAGGAGAAGAGAUGCUUAUGAGGUGAUACGGCCUGGUGUUGGUGUUGAUAAAUUCUGA